AUGGCGGAACAUGAGGAAUCGAAGGUUGAAUCGGUGAUGGAGAAGAUAAGUGAGAAAAUCCAUGGUCAUGAUUCGUCGUCUUCAUCGUCUGAUUCCGAGGACGACAAGUCAUCGUCGCUGAAAUCAAAGGUUUAUCGGAUUUUCGGUAGAGAAAAACCUGUUCAUAAGGUCCUCGGCGGUGGCAAACCGGCUGAUUUGUUUUUAUGGAGGGACAAGAAGAUAUCGGCAGGAAUUCUAGGUGGUGCCACAGCCAUCUGGCUUCUGUUUGAAAUGAUUGGUUACCAUUUGCUCAGUCUAGUCUGCCAUGGUUUGAUACUUGCUCUGGCUAUACUGUUUUUGUGGUCAAAUGCUUCCACCUUCAUCAACAAGUCUCCACCACGUAUUCCAGAAGUUUACAUUCCAGAGGAGCCUGUUCUGCAGUUUGCCUCUGCUUUGAGGGUCGAGAUCAAUCGGGCUUUUGCAUUCCUGAGGGACAUUGCAUCUGGAAGAGAUUUGAAGAAGUUCCUCUCUGUGAUUGCUGUCUUGUGGGUCUUGUCAAUUGUGGGCAGUUGCUGCAACUUCUUGACCUUGUUCUAUAUAGCUUUUGUUUCGCUCCAUUCGGUGCCUGUGCUGUAUGAGAAGUAUGAGGACCAGGUGGACUCAUUCGCAGAGAAGGCAAUGGUCGAGAUCAAGAAACAUUAUGCAGUCUUUGAUGUAAAGGUAUUGAGUAAGAUCCCCAGGGGUCCAUUGAAAGACAAGAAGAAGGCUUAA